CCGUACCGAAGACUGGCAGUAAUGAAGAAGAAGAUAAAAUGAAAUACAGGGAAAUACAAAGUAUUUAUGACUGGUAUCAUCCUGACCAAACAGAAGAUUCAGCUAAGACGUUCCUGAAAGAGUAUCCAUACGAACCAAUGGAUAGUGGAUCUCUCUUUUUGGUGCACCCGUACGGGAAGCACAGGGAGGACAUCAAAUACGUCAUUUCCUGCAAGUGGAAGAUGGAAAUAUACCAGUACCGUGUUCGCUAUAAAGAGGAUGAAGAAGUAUACACUGUCCGAAGUGCCAAGGCUAACAGUCUCCUGGACCUCGUAGAACAGUAUCGACUAACGGCUGUAGGGAAAGACGGCAUUAGAUCCGUAUAUACUAAGGAGACGGCCCUCUCCCACCUUAUGUAUCCCAUACCAUGGCCCCGCAAGUACAAGGAUCGUUGUUACCAUGGAUUGCUUGGUCGUACCGAUGCAGAGAGAGUUCUUCGGGAGGGUUUUCAGAAAAGGAAUAGCUACAGUCCCUUCCUGAUCAGAGAUAGUAAUUCGCAACCAGGAACAUUGAUUAUAUCGAGUAUGUUUGUGAAAAAAUCAGACAGCACCAACAGAUUCGACCAUAGGCUAAUCGACUUCAAGAAUAAUAUGUUUGAGGCUUUGGAGUGUAAAGAACCAAAACUUAUGGCCCUUGCAAAAAGCAUCGAGGAAAAGUAUAGAAAUCAUGGAGACUUAAUGGACCUUAAGGUUCUGAACAGAGAAGGAUACAAUGGUGUUGACACAGAUGUUUUGGAGCACCAUCUUCCACACAGCAUUAAAACAAUGGAUGAGUCAGCUAUCAAAAUAUUUCGUGAUGCACUAGAGGAAGGGUUUGAAAACUAUCAUCAUGUACGCGUGAUGGUUGUUGGUCAUCAUGGCGCGGGAAAAUCAAGCCUCACUAAACGUCUGCUGAGGGAAAGCAUGGAAGAGGUCCAAAGCACGGACGGAGUGGAGAUCUACACCAAAAGAGGGCGCUUUCAGCUCAGUGACCACAAAUGGAUCAAGUGUGACGACAAACAAGAGAAUGAAAACGAAAAACUAGAAAGAAUAGCAAGGUACCUGACACAGAGAUUUCCAGAAGGUAUUCCUACAUAUCUUUCAAUAAAAGACUUCCAGAAAAUGGAAACCGAAGAAAAAAAAUCAAGUUAUUAUUCCGAUAGAUCAAGUCUAGGAAAACCAGCUGCACCAUCUCGCAGCACUUUUUCUGAAAGAGCUGAUAAAAGCCGACCUAUUACAAUUCCAAAUAAAUCAGGGCAAUCUGGUACGUCUUAUGUUCAUUCUCCAAGAAGUCAAAGGACAUCAGUACCCCAUAGAAACCCCUCUCUAGUAUCACGAAAGGCAGAAAAAGCACAGAUAACAGGUGAUUAUUUGACGCCAACUUCAUCACCAAGGUCGUUUCCAGAUCCACGAGUAUCCGUUGUUAGGAGCAAGUCGUCCUCUAGCGAUUCGGAUGAUGAUGAUACUAGUGAUGAUGACAGAAGUUAUAGUAAUAAUUUCACCAGAGUUAUUCUAGAUCUUAAAAACAAAUUUGCUACAUCAAAUGAAAAUUCCAUUACAACCCCUGAGUCUCCUGAUGAUAUAAAGGAUAGUGACUAUGUUGGAAACGAAAAUGACAAGACUGCACAAAGAUCGUCUUCCUUUGACUUUGAUCACGUAGAAAACGCACAGGCACUCAAAGAAGACUUGGAGGAGGUACUGCGUAUGUCCUCCAAAUUUCUUCAAAACGAAACAGGUUCCAUCACAUUUUGGGACUUUGCUGGACAGACGGUAUUUCAAACCACUCACCAGGCCUUUAUGUCCUCCAAAGCUGUUUAUCUUCUGGUGACAGAUGUGUCUCUACCGAUGGAUCAUGUCAUCACAGAUGAUGACGACUGCCAAAACACCUCUGGACAUAAGUCUGUGGGAGACUUCCUGAAAUUUUGGUUAAAUACUAUUCAUACAUAUUGCCCUGAAUCACAAAGGGGGUCUCCAAAGGUCCUAGUCGUGUCAACGCACAAGGAUAAAACAAAGAAUGCCCAAAAAGAAAUCGAAGAGCAUCACAGAGAGAUAAAGAGAGUGGUUAAAAAGAAAAUGCUUUCACCUCAUCUUGUUCCUGAAAUGUUUUGCGUGGACUGCAAUGAUCCUGAUGAGGAGACUUUGGACAAAAUACGAUCUAAAAUUCUAGACAUAGCAAAGAGCGAAGAUAUCCUGUCACAGCAAAUUCCGACUAGCUGGAUCUAUUUGGAGCGAAAAAUCAUGGAUCUUCGAAAAGAGGGAAAGAAAGUAUUGAACUUCAAAGAAGUAAAACAGCUGAACCGAUUUUGUACCUUAAAUUUGAAGGAUGAGAAAGCAGUCAAAGUUUUUCUGCAGUUCCAUCAUGCAAUUGGCAAUAUGCUGUACUACGACGAAAAGGGUUUAGAUGAUAUCAUUAUUUUAAAUCCGCAAUGGCUUGUGGAUGCUUUUAAAUGUUUUAUCACCUCUGAAAAAUUUCUGGGAUUGUCUCCUUCGGAAUCACUUCUCGAAGAAGUGAAGAAAACUGGACAUUUGAGCAUGGAAAUCAUUGAAACAUUAUGGAGUGAAAGAGAAGACAGAUCCUAUUUAGAGAAUAAAGAACACAUCAUCAAGAUUCUGGAGAGGAUGGACAUUAUCUCACGACCUAAACGCUAUAUGAAAGGCGGAGAAUCAAAGCAAGAAAUGACAACAUUUCUUGUUCCAUGCUUGAUGAGUUUGGAUUUAUCACGACCUAAACGUUAUAUGAAAGACGGAGAGGCAGUUCAAGAAAUGACCACUUUUCUUAAUCCUUGUAUGAUGGGUUCACCCACGGUUAGAGCCAAGUGGUUGAAGUCCACGAACAAUAUUCCAGCCUUGGGAUUCUACUUCAAGGAUGAGUUCAUGCCACCGGCUGUAUUUUAUCGCUUGUUGGCGGCUUGUAUGGCUAAGUUUCCAGCUGUAGAACAGAAUGAUGUUCCACUUGUUUUCGCAAACACUGCGGUCUUCCGACUGGAUAAGCUCAAUUUUCUACUACUUGCUCAUGACGACUUUCUCAUUCGAGCUUGGGUGUUGAGAUUUUCUAAUACCCCAUUCCAAAAAUCCUCGAUUCACUACACUAUCAAAAACUUCUUGGAGGAGAGUCUUACCAUUAUUUUGGAGAUAUAUACUAGCUGUAGUGCCUGUCCGGACCAUAAACUCACUAAAAGGUGUGCAGACUGUAGAAAAUGCAAUGCAAAUUUUCCCUUUAGCAUUGUUGUUCAGUGCAGCCAAUGCAUAUCGUCUGACACAACCUUCAAGGGGCUUCACCUGUGGGGAGACUUGGAAUCAAAUGAAAGUGUGGUUUGUGCUGACCAUGACAACGUUCAUGUUAUUGAGUCAGACGACAUGCUUGCUUACUGGGAAUGGCCCAAUACAAUAAAUGCAGAUAAUUUGACAUCGUCUGUAAAAAGAUCAGUGUCUGUUCUCGAGAUGCCAAUAAAGAUGCCAUAUAGGACCCUAGGCCGUCUUGCCAGAAGAGUUUCUGGCUACUGGGAGGAAAUAGCUUAUAACCUUCAGCUUGGUGACAACUUUGUGGAGACAACCAAGCGGAACUUCCCUCACCUGGCGUCAGAUCAAUGCUUUCACGUGUUGAGGACGUGGUAUGACAAGUCUCCAGAAGAAAAGAGAAUACUCAGGACAUUAGACGAUGUGUUUGCAAAGGUCUACAUUGAUCGCGAAACUUUGCAAACGUUAGAAGCAGAGGAACUUGAGUGGGAAGAUAACAAGUAUCUGGACAAACAAGUUUCAAACAGAGGUAUCGAUAUCAUCUGCAACAGAUUAGGUAAAAAAAGCUACCAACUUGCCAUUGAGCUGGGGUUAACUCCCGAGGAAACCGAGCGUAUACAGAUGGAUUUUCGAACAUCCAUCGCUCAGAGCCGAGAGUAUAUCAACCAAUGGCGCCAAAAAGCACAGAAGCCAACAUACAAAGUUCUACUUCAAGCUUUGGCGACAGUAGAUGUUGCUAAUUAUAGAGAUGUACUGACACAUAUUUACUGAGUAUUAUGACGUCCAUGAAU